AUGGCAGCAGGUGUUGAUGAAGUACCAGUUUCAAUCAUAACAAGAACUGCAGUGCAGAUUGAAAAACCUUUAGCACAUAUUGCAAGUUUAUCCUUUAGUGAAGGUGUGUUUCUUCAGAGACGGAAGAUCUCAAAAGACAGACAUAAAAAAGAAAACUACCGUCCCAUAUCACUUCUUCCUGACUCUAGCAUUGGCAAAAGCGAUUCACUGGACAUUUACAAUAUCAGCUCUAAAAUAUUGAAACUUAGUAGUCAUAAUAUAGCAGAGGUUCUCUGUCACAUCAUAAACUACUGCUUUGAUGAAAGUUGUUUCCCUGAAAAAUUAAAAGUAGCUAAAGUAAUCCCAGUCCACAAAAAAGAUUCUCAUCAAUUACUUUCAAAUAGCCAGUUUGGGUUUAGGAAAAAUCUAUCAACAUGUGAUGCUGUUAUGAGCUACAUAUGUAACUGUCUUGAAGCAAAAGAAGAAAAAUAUAUUGUAAGUACGAAGUUUGACACUGUGUGCCACAACACUCUGUUGAUGAAAUUAAAAACUGUAGGUUUCUCAGUCUCUGCUGUUAAAAUUAUUCAGUCAUACUUACCUAAUAGAUCUCAAACUGUUUACUUCAAUAACCAAUAUUCUAGUUUCUUACCCGUUAACCAUGGUGUUCCUAAAGGGUGA